AGGGUGGGAUUGUAUAUUCUCUCAUAUAUGGCCUCUCUUGUAGUAAGUCAUCUCGAUGUCGUUCAAUGACUAGGAGUAAAAAUUGACUAUAAGAAAAAAAUGGAUAAAGCGAUAGGUGAUGAUACACUUUCUUCUGUACUUAUUCAUGUAAUUAUUCAAAUUGUCUGGCAAGGAUACAGGUCGGACAGUAGUAAGCCAUCUUUCGGUGUCGUCCAGUUACAUAAGACACUAGGGGUGAAAAGAAAUUGUAUAAAACAAAAAGGAAAAAAGUACAGGUCCCACGUUUUUGUUGAAAAUAGAAAUGUGCUAAGACUAUAUACUAAAGCGUUGGUUCUCAAGAUACCAGCAAGAUGUAUAAAAAAUUAAAAGAUAUCUAUCUACCCACUGUUGAUGAGACCUAUGAUAAAAAUGAUUUCCAUGAUUUUAUACACAGAAUACGAAUUGCAAAGGUUCAAAUAGGACAACUCGUAAAACCUUGAUGUCAACGACCGACAAGUUGCAUAAAUCCAACCAGCAAAUGCUCUAAGAUUGAUUUCUAGUAGGUCAUUUCAGAAAAGAAAUUAAACGUGCAGCAUAUUCAGUCGUGGCGAAUACAGUAAUUUGUUUGUAAUGAUUUUGAGUACUACACGUAUUCAGGAAAGUAUAAACCACGUUGCUUGUAGGACAGAAUCUCAGGUUUUCAUGUUGUUUAGUAUGUUCACGAUUUCAUGACCCCCUUGGAACGGUUUCUGACAGAAAAUUAAAUGCCCAACAGCUACGUAUGUACGGUCAUUACAUGUAUAAAUCAUGAAAUGAAAGAAAACGACGAAUACAUAAACUUAAGCAGAUCGCAAAUUGUCUCAUUCGGAGCACACACUCCAUACUCACCGGCUGUAGUGGCAGGUUGGAAACAAACAACACCGGUACCACUAAAUAGUCUAAAAGAUAGGAACUCCGAACAAAAUGGCUAAGCAUUUCUUUCUGUUUUCCAUAUUAAUUGUAAUGAUAUGUGCUUCGUGCUUCUCGGACCUUUGUCCGAAUUGUCGAGUUCUACAUUCGGAUUGUAGUGCGGACAAAAAUGGCCCUCACAACGUCUUCUAUGGAGAGACACUUUUCCCCCAGUGUGUCAUCUGCGUUACAGCACCGGAGCACGGGGGACGGAGCAUCAUCCCAGCCUGCCCGGCCGUUGAAAGGGCGUCGUCUUUGCGGCUUCGCAAUUUCAGCCUUGGCUACCUGUCCUCUUCUGACGUGGGGCACCUCACACACCUGCAAAAUCUCUACAUAGAGCCAGGAAACCUCGUCAGUCUGGAAAACGACACCUUUGCUGGGUUCCAGUCACUUCAACGCCUGUCCUUGAGACGUAACGAACUGACCUAUCUGGGUACGAGGUGGCUCGUCCAAACCUACCGCCAUCUGAAUCUGGCUCACAACCAGAUAGCCCACAUCGAGGACGAGGCGUUUGGUGCGGUUAAUGACGGGUGCCUAAUGACGAAGGCUAUACUCUUACCGUGGAACAAGUUGGAAGUGAUUCGGCCAGACUACUUCAGACAUCUCUGUGUGCUGACGAUGUUAGACCUUCGGUACAACAACAUUCACACCAUUCACAAAGGAAGUUUCAACGAGGCGUACCGACUCCGAAUCAUACGUCUUGCCGACAACAACCUCAGGGUAGUCACUACCGAUUGGUUCCCGCCUAUAGAAAACGAGAGACUGCUCAGCAGAUUGGACUUAGCACAAAAUCAAAUCGAGUAUAUCGAACCGGAGGCGUUUCUGCAUGUCCCCUUUUUGGAGACAAUUGGUCUCUCCGACAAUCGGAUCACAAGUCUGCAUGAACACCAGCUCAAACUUCAGUACACGUUAAAGUUUGCCUGCGCGUUCGAAUCUUUAACGGUGACAUUGCAAGGAAAUCCCAUUCGAUGCACAUGUGCUCUCCGGUGGUUCAUAAAAUUGGGUCGACGAUUCAAUCCUCAGUCGGACUUUAGUUCGUUGACGUGUAGCUAUCCGCAAGAUUUGGAAGCCACCAAGCUGAGUCAUUUCACAAGCGCCAUGAUAGCGUCCAUGCAGUGCCCAGCUCCAAAAGCCACAAUAUCGGCUUUGGAUGAUGGUCAAACCUUCCGCUGCGAGAUAUGUUGGGAAAAGGGACCCCCCAAACUGAUCAAAUGGACCCUUCCAAAUGACACAAAUCUCGUCAUCACGAACGUGUCAUUCGGAAUCGGAACACAAGUCAGCCUCGACGGCAUAAACACAACAACAGCUUUCUACAUGAAUCCGGAAGGAUUCGACUGCUGCCAUCCCAAAGCAUUGCCUACUAAUCAUUCAACAUCGUCGACCGACCAAUGCAACUUCGUGGGAAAGACACUCUCAUAUGUCACCAUUAGUGAACACCUGAUGAACGAAUGGCUCGGUAAAGAUCUUACAUGCACACCGUUCUUCCUCUCCGAAGGAGCAAACAUAACUGAUCAUCACAAUGUGUCAAUACUCCUACAUAAGACUCCGCUUUCUUCAUCAUUCAGGACAUCUAUUCCACCAGACACAACAAAAAGAGAAGACGAAGAAAUAUUUGUUCUUCUAAAUUCAGAACAAAAUCCUUCUGCAACCACUAAAUAUACACACGACCUGCUUAUAACCGGUUUCUUAACAUCUUCGGUUUUAGCACUGGUCACUUUUCUGUUUACCACGUUGAGAAUGACGCUGAAGCGAAAGUGUCAAGAAAACGCGAAUCCCGAAGAUGACACGCUCUCCCAGCACACGUAUGAGGCCGUGGACGACCAACCUCCGCUCAAUAAUCAGUACGAAGUCAUUGCAGACGAUCAAGUGGAGGAUGACGUCAUCACACCGUACGCACAAGUCACCGAAGCGAUUAUCUACGGAAUGGACCCGCAUUUGCCUACAACUGGUUCGGCUCGAGAUUCGACCAAUGAUGCAUAUGACCCAGAGAAGUCUGAUGACUCUGAGCGUGUAACAUGGCUUUAGUGGGAACAGUUUAGAACAAAGAGAUUUGUAGUCCAAUAGGAAAAUACUGAUUGAAAACUAUCUUGUAGUCAGCAAUGGCACCAUGUCAGUCAUCCUGUUCUUAACAGAAAACUCCUUACAAGUUAGCUUGUUGUACGGUUUUGAAGAGGAUAUCUUAAUCCAUGCAAAAUGAGACAUGCGUAGGCCUUUCAUGACUUUUUAUUUAACUCGACACUUUUAUUAAAAGAUUGAAACACUUUGGUUUAUAGGAUUUAUAAUGAGACUUAGCAUUCCUAUGGCUAUGUUUGAUGUAAGUUGUAUGUAGAAACUCAUCGAGAAUUUUCAUGAUGCACAAAAAGUACACAAAAAUGCACUAUGAUAAUUUGUCACUGUGUCAAGCCAAAUAAGCUUAGUAGUAGAGCAAUGGAUAAAAGUAGCUCUGCAAUGUUACAUUUAACAUUUUAACUUCCUUUGUGGUUGAAAGCACAAUUUCAUUUAGUCUUUUCAUGAA